UUCCGUGGUAUGGUGUGUGCUCUAAGUAACGAACAUGUUUUUGUUUCAAGUGGCUUUAUUAACUUCUGUUUUGCAACUAUAUCAAACAUAUCAAGCAUGUACUGUGGUCAACAUUUCCUGUAACACAUUGAAGAACAAGGAUGGCGAAUACAUGUAUCAAUUCAACAUGUCGCGCGCACUUGAAAUUGAAGUGUACAACAAUACCCAGGCUCUAAUUGCCAUUGUGGAAAGAGACAAGCUGAUUGAGUACAGCAGGGAAGUGAUUGGAAUGAAUACAUCUUCAAUUUUGCUGAGCAACUGCCAAUCUCUGAUCAUCAAAUUCAUAAUUUCUGCUACAAAGAAGCCUGGAAUUGUUGCAAUUACAAGACCCACCAAAAUUAAGGAGAUCUGUUUUCAUUAUGUUGUCACAGAUAUUAGGAAAGAGGUUGGAACAUCAGCACCUUUUAAUUUCACUGAGAUCCAAGACAGAGACAAUCCUGAUACAAACACUGGUUACACCAAUUUAAAAUGGAUAGUCCCUGUGUUGGUGGUUUUAUUGGUUUUCUUUUUAGUGUACUUAUGUCGGAGAGACAAAGAGCGGGUUGACGUGACCAAGGAACUGACUUCUGAUGCACAGAGUUCAGAACGUCCCACAAUGAAUGAAGCAGGAGCACUGCUGUCUCACAGGGAUGGACCCUGUUCAUCAGCUGAGGAAGUAAACUGCUCUGGAGAACAAGCAGGACCAGGACCGAUUUAAUGUGUUAAGCCAGAUCGAAAUAUAUAAUACACACGUAUAGAUUAUAACACAUAACAUGAAACAAAUGUAAACAUAUUUAAAUAUAAUAUGAUAAACACUGUAAUAAUACAGUAUAGUAGGCUAUUAUAUAAUAACAUAACACUUCCCUUGAAGUCGCUUCUUGGUGUGUUAUACAUUUUAAGAAUGCAGUAACUCAGUGUAUAAGGUCUUAAUGUAUAAGCCAUUCAAUACUAAACUGUGUACUGCAGAAGGAUAGUCAAAAUAGUAGUAGCUGUAGUUGCGGGGUCGCCUCCAGCUAUGGUUACUACUGUUCAGGGUCCAAGUUCUACAAAUAACCUAUACUUUGAUUUGAAUACAUAGUUUAUUGUUAGUUUAGUGUUGUUUUCUAAUGGUUUGGAAAAUGUAACAGCAUGGCAAAUGUUUCAUAACUCUGUAUUUCAAUUCUAGAAUGUUGUUUGAUUAUCAAACCUUUGUUAAUCAUUUCAAUAUGUUUUUUAAUUUAGUUUUUGUAGUUUACUUUGAUUUGUACUUUGAUUGUUUUGCUUGCAUUGUAUCAUUUUGAGAUCAACUGAUCAUGAUUUUUCAAUGCCAAUACUGAUUAUUAUUACCAAACUAUCAUUCAGACUUUCAAGUUUAACUUCUUAACAAUAUAUCCUCAGUUAUAUGUGUGUUUGCAGAACACUGCAGUUAUGUUAUUUGAUAAAGAUAAUUGUCAAGUUAUAAUUUUUUAAUUUUAUGUGUAUAUACACUCACCUAAAGGAUUAUUAGGAACACCUGUUAAAUUUCUC